UAACGAAUAAUUGGCUAAAGAUUGAAGUUAUAAAUAGUUGUUGUUUAGCGUAAUAUGGCUGGGAAAGAUCAAAACAACUGUAACCAAAAUGGCAUUGCAGAAAACAAUGACAUUGAACCAACUGAACCGAGCGACGAAAAUGUCGUGGAAGAAUACAUCAUGCUGGAUUCAAAAUUAGAUGAACUUAAUUCAGCAUUGGACUAUUUGGAACAAAAAAAUGAUGAUAUUCAUGAAAGGUUAAAAGAGCUGUUGCAGUCAAAUAUUGAAAUCAGACAAGAAUUGCGCAAUGAAAAUGCAGGAGCAUCUGGAAAAAAUUAAUUGACAUUAUCAAUUUUGAAACAGUAUUUCAUUUUAUUAAAAUUGUGUAAAACUUAGUUUCUAUUAAUGUAAUACAAUUCAAUCCAUUUACUUAUUUAUUUCUUUAUGUAUCUUAUGUUUAAAAUAAAAGAUACCAUUGUUUA